CCUACGGGCCUUUCUGGAAUACAAGUUCCGACUCGAAGAAACAAUAACCAUUCCGGAGUCACUCUUGAAGGUCACUGAGACGACCUUCGAUGGAGUCAAGGUCAUGGUGUUAGAACCGCAGUCUGCACAGAAGCAAAGCGCCGUUCCAGGACUGGUGUUUUUUCAUCCAGGGGCGUUUUGUGUUGGAAGUUCAGCUGUAAGCUUCCACAUGACGUCACAUCUCGCCUUAGAGCUGGGUAUUGUGGUCAUUUCAGUCGAUUACCGCCUCGCACCCGAGCACAAAUUUCCAGCAGGACUGACCGAUUGCUUGACGGCAACCAAGUAUUUCAUUCGACAUGCCAAAAGGUACAACGUGGACCCCUCCCGUAUCGGUAUUGCUGGCGAAAGUGCCGGAGGCAACUUUGCCACGGUGGUCGCGAUGCAACUGGGGCAGGAGAAAACACAAUACCCUGCUUUGAAACUCCAGGUCCUGCUAUACCCUGUAACACAAAGUCUCAUGUUUACUGCCUCCGCCUAUAAGUACGGCCCUUGUGAGGCUCUGUCCGUGUGGGACUUGGCAUAUAUCACCUCUCUGUAUCUGUGUGGAGACAGGUCAAAAGUUGAUCCCGCACUUUCCAACCCUUACCCAGCGAAGCUUCAAGGCACCCACUACAUGAACUUCCUCGACCCUUCCAUAGUGGACCCGACCCUCCCCCCUCUCCCCCCGGGAAGACGUGUAAGGAGGGAAGACAUAGCGGCUGGCGACGAUGACCUUGAUAUGGUUUUGAACCCACAAGUUUCACCUCUCGUGGCUGAAGAAGAAGACAUAAAGGGUCUCCCGCCGACGUUCAUCACGGCCAUGGAGUUUGACGUUCUCCGAGAUCAUGCCUUUUUUUACGCAAAGCGACUUGAGCAAGCCGGGGUCAAGGUUAAGAUGGUGCACUACAAGACUGGCUAUCACGGUCAGACCAACGACUUCAGGUGGUCUGAGAAGGGCAGGGAGAUGAUGGAAGACGUCUUGUCCUACCUGAAGGAAAACCUGUGA